CAAAGACUUGGCCUUCGACAAACAAAUGUUGAUGCGCUUCGUCUUCGACAGAUGGUAUUUGGGCUCCCAUACAGAGCCGGUCGCUUAAUUAUCUCCGUCUCUUCGCGCUUCUUGCGCACUCUCCGUGAAUCGUCCCGUUAGUGCUUGCCUUGCCUCGAUAUGUCCAGCCCCCAUUUCUCUCUGAGUCAUGCGGGCUGUCAUUACUCGCAGCCUAAACAGCUCAUUCCUUAAGCCGUAAUAGAUGAAACGCACAUACCCAUACGCACAGUAACCAUAAAUCGUGAUCUCUGCAACUACCGGAGGAUUUGUAGUACGAGCUCCGAGCUCGUAGGAAGCCGUCGACCUCCGUGUAUCCACCGCUUUAUCCCAUUAGGUCCCACGGAGAUUGCAAUGGAUGGUUCAUCCGGAAUUUAUCUUAGGGUAUUGACUCAAGGGGCACUUUUUUCGGUGUCCUGAUAUUUGAUCGGCGAGGAGUCUUGGUCUAAAUGGGUCCGGUCAUGCCUCCCAGUAAGAAGUCGGAAGGUUCGGGCGUGAGUGUGGCCAGUGGACUGAGGCGUCUGUACGCGUCGUCUGGCUGCCUGAGCCGCGCGCUCCAGGAGGCCGAGGAGAUGGACUUGACGCUGCCGCUACUCCCACCAGGCGGCCUCAAGGCCGAGAAGACAUCGUCCGGCGACGGCGGCGGAGGAGGUGGAGGAGGAGGUGGCGAAGACGAGGAGCUGACCAACCUCAACUGGCUCCACGAGAGCAAGAACCUGCUCAACAGCUUCGGCGACCCGGUGCUGCGCAGCGUGAGUCCGGUGCAGGAGCUGGACGAGGACGCGCCGCCGUCGCCGGCCCAGUCGGACCUGGCCUACGACGCCAAGCAGAACGCCAACUGCAAGCCACCCUACUCCUUCAGCUGUCUCAUCUUCAUGGCCAUCGAGGACGCGCCGGCCAAACGCCUGCCCGUCAAGGAUAUUUACAACUGGAUCCUGGAGCACUUCCCCUACUUCGCAAACGCGCCCACUGGCUGGAAGAACUCGGUCCGGCACAACCUGUCCCUCAACAAGUGUUUUAAGAAAGUGGACAAAGACAGGAGCCAGAGUAUCGGUAAGGGCUCCCUGUGGUGCAUAGACCCGGAGUACCGGCAGAAUCUCAUCCAGGCGCUCAAGAAGACGCCUUACCACCCCUACUCCCAGGUGUUCACACCCCCACCCACCUCUCCUCAGGGGUACCAGAGUAUGUCCAGCCCUCCGGUGUGGCCAGGCAGCCCCUUCUUCAGAAAAAAUAAAGGAGUUCUCCUUCAAGAUCCAGACAUUGAUGCUGCCACAGCCAUGAUGCUUUUGAAUGCUUCAGACCUCCCAUUCUCCUUCCCUCAGGGAGUGAUCCAGAAUGGAGCUCGGAUGGUGAGCCAGAGUAGCUUCCCUGACAUCAGGGCCCUCCCCAUCAGGUCGGUGUUGGCGGGCUGCCGGAUGCGCAGCGACAGCGAGCCCUUGUGUGACUCCCCUCUGGUCAGCAGCGACCCCAAAGAGGACCACAACUACAGCAGCGGAGUGAAGGGCGACGCCGACUCACCCUCCUCCGGCCCCCUCCAGGGCAGCGAGGCCAGUUUCCACAGCAAUGAGGCCGCCAGCGACACGGAGGACGACGACAAGAGCAAGAUCAAGAAGGAGCCGCGGGAGUGGUCAGUCGACGCCUGCGCCCUCGCCCAGCACAAGAAACGGCAACACUUGCCCUCCGCCAAGGUCAGAGGUCAACGCCUGGCCAGCGACACGCUGCCGCUGAAGAAGCGGCGCACGGAAAAGCCGCCGGAGAGCGACGACGAGGAGAUGAAGGAGGCCGCGGGGUCCCUCCUCCACCUGGCGGGCGUCCGCGCCUGCUUGAACAAUAUCACCAACCGGACGGCAAAGGGUCAGAAGGAGGCCUCGAAAAACUAAACAAAAGAGACACAAAAACAGACCUUUCAGCCUGGCCGGAUCAAAAAAUAAACAUGGAAAUAGAAAAAAAAAACAUCACUUUUAAUAGAAUUUGCUAUUUUUUUUCAGGACAUCAGGUGAAUUCUACUGAUUUGUGGCAAUACCAACAAUCACUUUGUUUUCCUAUCUUUAUAAGUAAUGUUUUUUCGAGGGUGCGUUACUUUGUUUGUUAUUCUAUUUUUUUUUUUGUUUUGUUAAAAGGAGAUUAAAGCCAUAGCAAAACCUUUAUAUGAUGUUCAGAUGAUUUAGUGAUAAUUUAGUCUUUUUAUUUUAGGUUUAUUUCUUUAAUUUGUUUGGCUGAAAUUAAAACAAAUAAAAAUCAAACAGCCCCCUCCAACACACUUCAGAUUCGGCACAGUUGGAAGCAGGAUGCUGAUUUACAGCAACAGAAAAACAAAUAAAAUUCAACCGCUUAAUAAUCUUUCCUGCAGUUACUUAGAGCAGCAUAGUGGAGAGGAUCGUAGUGAUGUUUCGCGUAAGAACACACUGUGGGAGGCACUGUGUUAGCAUUGUUAGCUUAGCGUCGUGUUCUUCCCUUCCCAGAUGGUUUCCGUGGGAGACGGCUACACAGCUGUCAGUGGUUGCCUCACCUCGGGGGGGAUUUCAGGGCUGGAGAGUGCCAAAGAGGACCCCACCAGCAGACAGGGCAGCCUUUGCCUGACCAGAAAUGCACUAGUUUGAGAAACUGAGUGGUCACAGUUGAGAUGAGAGGGAAGAGGUGUAGAACACAACGGAGGACAUGUUUCUCAUGUAUUUCAUGUGAGGUCUUCUUAGCCGAUGGGAUGAGGCUAGCGCAAAAUUAUAACACACCAAUACAACGCCAUAAGCCUUUAACAAGUGCUUUUUGGAGAGAGAGGGGACAAACUGAACUGUCCUUAAAACUGCCAGUCUCCUUCUUAAGCAAUCAUGACUAGGAACUUAGAAAUCCUACUGAGGGUAGAAACGCUACCAAACCUGCCAAUCAUAUUUUAGUGAUAAAAUAAGUAAAGUUCCCAUGGAGGUUGUAUAUUUCUUUUUGUGUUUGUUUAUUUGUGUUUUUUUAAAAACCCUCAUGAUGUAAUAAGCAAUUCCAUCCAGUCAGGAUAACGUUGUAUAGAAUGUCCCAUUAGUCUUUCUUCUCCCUUUCUUAAUUUAAGCAAUGUAGCCAGCAGGACUUUCCAAAUCAUGUUGCAUGGGUUCUGUAAAGACGAAGAAGAAGAAAAAGAGGUUUUUUUAAAUCAAAGUUCAUGUACGUAAAUAAUGUAUUUAGCAUGGAGCAUGAAUUAUUUUCAUAUAAAUAGAGAAACUAGAGAACCAAGACGGCUUCUGACGUCUGAGCUCAGAGGCUUGGACUUUCUUGUCAUUUUUGUCUUAAUUUGACAAAAAAUUUUUUUAUUUGUUUUUUUUUUUUUAUUUGUUUGUUGUUCUCAUUCAUACUUGUUUUCAAGCUGGCAUUAAAACGGAUAAACCUUCUUCAGGGACAAACACAGACUGUUUGGGCAUCUAUCUCUGCAAUAUGAGGACUUCAUGUUACGUAACGAGUAGGGCUAAGCCGCUCUGUCCGACUGCUUCGUGUCCACUCCACCUCCAGACAGAGCGCAGGGUCUGGCUCGGAUGCGGUCCGGGUCUGGCGUGAUGCCGGGUACCCUCCGGGUCAGCUCUCGUCUGCUUGCACACUUGGGCACGACCCAAGGCUCUUUACCAGCUGAUUCUGGAGUGGAUCAAGCUCAGAUGCAGUCCAGAUCUGGCUCUGAUUCGGACUGAGUUGGUCUGAGUUGGACUAGAUUCGGCUCUGACGCGGUUUGGGAUCAGGCUCCGAUCUGAAUUUGAUCCGUUUCAAGGUCAGCCGGCAUCUGGGACACACUUUGGUCAGCGCUUUUGUUUCAGGAGAAGUUAGUAGUGAGUGUCGGUCCCCUUCCUGCAUCCGGUGCUCCCAAGUUCAGUGCUUCAGUUAUCUCCAUUUGCUGUCAAAGUGUGCUUGUUUGGAUACUGUGGAUGUCUUCUGUAUUUCAAGGUCUUCCAUUUGUACGACACAGGAGUUUACUAUACAUGUUUCUUUCAGAGUAUUUGCCACUGUCGAUGUAGCAUUGUUCAGGUGCAUCACCAGUAUUAGUACCUGUCAUCCAGACACACACAUACACAGAUUCUCUCUCUCUCUCUCUCUCUCUCUCUCACACACACACACAAACACACACACACACACACACACACACACACACACGUGCACACACACACACACACACACACAUAAAUAGUGGAGAAAUGACAUGAUUAUAAAAUUACAAGAGAGCUAAACACUCUAGUGCAGAUAUUUGCUUUUUCCUUCUCUGGAUUGCACUAAGAUGAUAAGUUACAGAUAUUUUUAAAGUUCAGUGCCAAAGCCUAUAGUGAUUUGAUAUCUUAUCUAUCUCUCUAUAUAUAUGUUACCUAGAAAAUGAUAAAUACUUGAUCUGUGUGCCAGAGAUCUGUCAAUGAUGACCUGUAGCAUUUUUGUCUCUAUGGGCCCUGUAUUAAAGAGUGCCCUCUCUUGUUCCCAGUAAAGCGCUGUAAAUUGCUCAUCAUGAUUCGUUCUGUGUGAUACUCUCACGUAUGUCCGCCUUUCUGCUCAUCACUCCGCACAUUCAAAGUGGUUAUGUUCCAGCAGCCAGCUCUCUGCAGUAUGUGAAAUUAAUUAUAUAUUUAAAAAAACAGAAAAAAAAGACAAAAAUCGGACCUAUAAGUGAUCCUUUUGCCAGUCUUGCAGUCCUCUUCUUUUCCGACCCACAGGCAUGCGUAGGAACAGUAUUUCAGCGGUCAGUAAAGCGCCAACAUUCCGUUGUACAUCGUUGUUAACCCUGUUUGAAAAUGUGGAAAGGCAUCUGGCUUCGUCAGUGAUAAAGGGCCCUAAUUUGCAUGAUAGGCAAAGAGCAAAGUCCUACGUCUAACUAAAGCUAAUUUAGUGGCUAGGCAAAAUCAAUUUGCUACAUGAUUUGAGUCAGGUCAGUGCUCCCAUAUGCCACAUGAUAGCUGUUUUUCAAGAACGAGAACUUGGCUUGCUGACAGACUUUGCAUUUUGCCCGCCACGUAAAUUAGUGUCCAGUAACGCUGUGACACGGUCCACACGGGCAGCCUCAUCUCUGCCUUCCUCAGAUGUCAACACUCACUACGUAACUUUUCCUCGAGCUUCGCACUCAGUCAAUGAUGGAAGAUCUGCUAAAUGACAUACAAUCAGAAAGCAUUAAUAUUAGCCAGGCAAAUAAUGGUCAAUUAAGAGGCAAUGUCUUUUUAUUAUUACAAAUUGUAAUUAUUACCUUUCACUUGUUUUGUUUUGUUUUUGUUGUGUCUUUUUUUUCUUUUUGUAAUUGUUCGUUACGCUCCAAACGUUAAAUGUUAACUGCCAUUUUGUUUGUUAGAUUGAUUCCAACAUCUCAAAGAAGAAAGACAGAAGGAGGGUAAACAAACUAUAUGAUGCUGUCUGGUUUGGCAUGACUAUCCAACUCACUGGUCAAUAUGGAGACGUAUUUGCAUUCUAUAUUUUCUUGACGCGUAAUCAUAUUGCCAAAGACAAAUGAUUCAAAAAUAUGAUGUAAAUAUCACUGUUGUUCAUUACUAUGACAGGAAUAUGUUUCGUUUGUUUGUUUUUAUGUUGUUGUUUUCCCUCUCAAACAUACCAUCAUGUUUCUGUGCUGUAUUGUCUUCCAGUUGCAAUAAAAAAGAGUUGCAAACGUUGCAAAAAUCUUUGAAUAAGA